CAUUUAGCUCCCGAACAGAGGCAGCCCUUCCCUUUCGCUGUCUUGCGCUGCGGCCGCAACGACAGAGCGCCCCGUUUCCCAGCCCCUCCCUUCGGUACCACCCGGCGGCUCCGAUCUACUACUGCGGCCAUGGCAGAGCAGGCCAUCUCCUUCGCCAAGGACUUCCUGGCGGGCGGCGUCGCUGCGGCCAUCAGCAAAACGGCGGUGGCUCCCAUCGAGCGGGUCAAGCUCUUGCUUCAGGUGCAACAUGCAAGUAAGCAAAUUGCUGUUGAUCAACAAUACAAAGGAAUCAUUGAUUGUGUAGUCCGCAUUCCCAAAGAGCAAGGAAUAUUGUCCUUCUGGCGUGGAAAUUUAGCCAAUGUUAUUAGAUACUUCCCAACUCAGGCACUCAACUUUGCCUUCAAGGAUAAGUAUAAGCAAGUGUUUUUAGGAGGAGUAGACAAGCACACACAGUUCUGGAGAUAUUUUGCUGGUAACCUGGCCUCAGGUGGUGCAGCUGGAGCUACCUCCCUCUGUUUUGUCUAUCCUUUGGAUUUUGCGAGAACCCGCUUGGCAGCUGAUGUUGGAAAAGCUGGUGCUGACAGAGAAUUCACAGGUCUGGGAAAUUGCCUCAUCAAAAUCUUCAAGUCUGAUGGCCUGCGUGGCUUAUAUCAAGGCUUCAAUGUCUCUGUCCAGGGCAUAAUCAUCUAUAGAGCUGCUUAUUUUGGAAUCUAUGAUACAGCAAAAGGUAUGUUGCCAGAUCCUAGGAAUACUCAUAUUGUGAUAAGCUGGAUGAUUGCACAAACAGUGACUUCAGUAGCUGGCGUGAUCUCCUAUCCCUUUGACACAGUGCGACGUCGAAUGAUGAUGCAAUCUGGGCGUAAAGCAGCUGACAUUAUGUACUCUGGAACAAUUGACUGUUGGAGAAAAAUUGCAAGAGAUGAAGGUGGAAAGGCUUUCUUCAAAGGCGCAUGGUCUAAUGUUCUUCGAGGCAUGGGUGGUGCAUUUGUGCUUGUGUUGUAUGAUGAGUUAAAGAAAGUCAUUUAAACAAAAUUUUAUUAGAAAUGUAAGUUAAAUUGACAGAUCAUGUAGAAUAACUUGCCAUUAUGGACCACUGACUUAAAAUAAUUCCUACUCAGUCUUAUUUAUCGGGGCCAGAUCAUGUUUAAGAAGGACUAGAAACUGCCUUCAGUGAACUGAUGUACAUUACACAGGCAUCAGAACAGACUGUCCAGUUCAUUGGAUUUGUCUUGUCUUUGGUGUUGGUUAUAGUAGCUACAGUUCAGGGUCCAAGGAAGCUGAUCUGCUUUUGUCUGAAGAUCAGCUAAAAGUUUCAAGUCCUGUCUUAAAAGGACCAUAAAAAUCAUGUUUUGAAAAAUGAAAAAUAUUCGUUUAGCCAAUCUUGUUUUUCCACUUGUACUUAAGCACCAUGUACUGUUUUUGCACAGCUGAACAUCUAGCAUUUGUGUUCUCCAAUUUGGGGCAUUCCGUGAACAAUAAACAUAAUUAACUAUGUGUCAAAUGUAUGACUACUACAUCUUGGGUUUUAGGGCCAGCCUCACCAUGCAGUAAGAUGUGGUUUACUGACCUUGGGCAGCAUUUAUGCAUGUGCAUAUCCACCUGCACAAAAAUGGGGAGUGGGACAAAGUAAGGAAAUAACAAGUACGGCAAGACAUUUUAAAAUGCUAUCCUGUGGUGUGUGUGUGGGGGGAGAAUACUGUAGUUGGAUUAUUAGACAUAAUCACUAGAUUUAAAGGCUCUUUAAAUAAGAUAUGCUCAUAUAUGCCUUCAGAAGUGUUCAUCAUGCUUUUGUGAAAAUGGUAAAAUAGUUUGAAAUAGCAACACAUUGUGAAUAUGGGAAAAACAUAGCUUGAAAAUAGUAAUGCAAUGGUUAAGCUGUGUGCAUAUAGGGAUGCUAAUAAUUAUAGAUCACCUAAGUAGAAAGAGCUAUGGGAAAAUGUCAUUGUACAUGCUUUGUAAACUAGCACAUGUAUGUGGCAUUAGAUAAAACACCUGUAUGGGUCUUUGAUUAUUUGAAGAAAGAUGUCUUACUCAUGUUCCCACUUGGCAUUUGUAUGCUUUUACACUGUGCUAAUGAAAAACAAGUAGCUAUUAGAAGUGUUUUUAUUGAUAUUGAUGUUUAGAGUAUUGAAUAAAAAAAUAAAUAUGGUAUCAGAAAAAAUUAGUAGAAUUUUCUACUAAUUUAGAUUAGUAGGUUUAAAGGAUGAUGGUACAAUGAGAGAAUUUGACUUUCCAGUUCCAGAAUUUGCAAAAAAAAAAAAAAAAGUGAGGAGAGACAUAUUGCAGCAGAUGUGUAUUAUCUAGUAUUAUUUUGAAUGGUUCUUUUUUUUACUUUAUUGUAUUUCUCCUAUAUACUUGUGGAUAAGCACAUCUACUAAUAAGCCAAACCCAAUUUUGAGGUGUGUUUUGGGACCCAAGAUAAUUACUGUAUACGAUAUUGGUCAUUAUCAGAAAAAGUUAUACAGCCAUUAAACUGUGACAUAUAACAAAAUUAGAAGUAAAAAUGGGCCUGGAAAAUUGAAUUAAAAACUGACCAAAUUGCUCAAAAGUCCUUUGCGGAGAUUGACAGAUACGCACACUGACAAUCUGUUGUUGCAGCUAAAGUAGUUUUCAUUCCAGAAUUAUAUAAUGAUGUCUUGCAAUGCUUUCAUAAUGUAUCCUUUGUGUCCAAUUGGUAAGUGAAGUCAUAUGAACAGUUUUGACUUUCAGUCAAAAAUGUGAUAGUAGACUUUGUUGGGCAAUAUGUUGAAAUGUAUCUCCAUUAACAAGGCAAUUGGCAGUUGAUUUUUACUAAAUAUUUUAAAUAUUAAGUACUUUUUUG